AUGCCGCCCAAAAAGCCCGAACCCAAGAAAAGAACCACCACCCGUCCCAUCGAACCCUCAGCGGGUCAGAUGCUCCGCCAAACCCAAGCUCCCCAUUUCACGGUCGCUCCGCCUGAGCAGUUGCCACGACCCCGUGUCGAGAGCUGGGAAGAAAUUUCCGCCCGGCUCCAACGCGAGGAGGCUGCCGAAGUGAAAAAGAAGAAGGAGAAGGAAAUCCAAGAGAAGUAUGCCAAACAAAAGCAAGCAGCUAAUCCUAACUUACGCACCUUGGAAAUGAAAGGCAGCGCUCUUGGGCCGUUGGAAACUGACGAGGAAGUGGCAGAGCGUGAGCAGAGGGAGAGGGAGGAGGCCAGGAAGAAGAAGAUACCACCGAGAAAACAGGGAGAGGUGUUCAUGGGACUGUUGGCGGAAACUGAGCGGGAUGCACGUGAUUCUAUUCAGCGUGAUGCUGAGAAACGUGCUGCUGCAGCUGCUUAUAAUAACGAUGCACCAAAGACCGACAAUGUGGACUGCAUUGUUGGCGAUGUUCUAGAGAUCGACCAUGCGAGCGCCACUGCAGACGAUGUACUGAGGAAUGGCUAUGCGAACAGCACUGCAGGCGGUGUACCUGGAAUCGCCCCUGCGACCAACACUGUCGAAGAUGCUAUAGGGGCCGUCCGUGUGAGCGACACUGCAGGCGGUGCAAUGCGGACAAACGCUGUGAGCAACACUGCACACGAUGCAGUCAGAACCGACAGUGCCACUACCACGGCGCAGCCCCUCGACGCAUGGUAG